UGUUUGAGUAAGGGCUCAGUGUUCCUGCUGGGUUUCUGCUCUCUGCCUGGAUCUCUACCACCACCGUGCUGGACUUGGUUUUUUUGUUGUUUUUCUGUUUGUUGCUUGAUGUUUAGCAGCCAGCAGUCACAGGAGCAGCACCACAGAGCACAGAUCUCCCUCUGACCUCCAUCAAGUCACAUAAAAGACUCUCAUCUUCCUCCAAACAAUGAAGCUGCUCCUGCUCUGUUUUCUCCUGACGCUCGGAGCGGCCGCCGGGUACCGCAGCGCCCUGAAUGACUUCCAGCGCUCCGAGGGCCGAGAGCUCGUCCCCACCUCCUGGAACUCGGCUCGAGUGCAGACGUUACCGGGUCUGAACCUGGAGGACUGCGCCUCUCGCUGCUCACAGUCGCUGGACUGCAGAGCUUUCAACUACGAGACUCGUCCGACGGUCACCUGCAAACACCUGCCGUGGGUGGGCGAUGGCAGCAACGCAGAGGUCAAGAGGAACGUCAACUGUGACCUUUAUGAGAAGAAGGUCUACGUGAGGAAGUGCAUCGUGGGUAAAGGGGAGGACUACCGAGGGAAGGUCUUCAGCACAAAGAGUGGACUCACCUGCCAGCAGUGGUGGUCCAAGUUUCCUCACGAUCACAGGUGGACUCCAACAUCCACUAACGGUCUGGAGCUCAACUACUGCAGGAACCCAGAUGGGGAUCGGAUCGGCCCGUGGUGCUACACCACCGACGCCGAGCGGCGCUACGAGAGCUGCAACAUUCCUCAGUGCAAAGACGAGGUGUGCAUCACCUGUAACGGGGAGGACUACAGGGGCCAGGUGGACCACACGGUGAGCGGCAGAGAGUGUCAGCGAUGGGACCAGCAGUAUCCUCACCAGCACAUCUACCAACCAGAAAAGUAUCCUGAUAAGAGUUUAGACGACAACUACUGCCGUAACCCCGACGCCUCUCCGGUGCCCUGGUGUUACACCACCGACCCCGAGGUGGAGCGAGAAAACUGUGAGAUCAGCAAAUGCACUGAAGUCCGUGUGGAGAAGCGGCAGCGCUCCAGCUUCACCACCAACUGUUUCCGCGGCCGUGGGGAGGAUUACCGCGGCAAAGUCAACGAGACCACGUCGGGCAUCCCCUGCCAGCGCUGGGACGCCCAGCAGCCUCAUGAGCAUCCCUUCUACCCGAACACAUACGAGUGCAAGGGCUUGGAGGAGAACUACUGCCGUAACCCGGACGGAUCGGAGGCUCCCUGGUGCUUCACGUCGGUGCCGGAGAUGAGGACGGCUCUCUGCCUGCAGAUCAAACGCUGUGCAGACGACAUAGAGGCAGAAGAUUGCUACCAGGAAAAUGGAAAAAACUACAGAGGCAUUGUCCGCAAAACCCGUAAGGGCAUCACCUGCCAGAAAUGGAACGUCAACACACCUCACCGGACCAAGAUAAACCCAAGGACUCAUCCUGAGGCCAAUCUGACGGAGAACUACUGUCGCAACCCGGACGGGGACCAGCACGGACCCUGGUGCUACACCACAGACCCCAAGACCGAGUUCGACUACUGCGCCAUCAAACAGUGUGCUGGAGAGAAGGUGUCCAUCACCGAGCCAGUAGAGAAGGUGGAGUUCAGCGAGUGCGGGAAGAGAGAGGACCGGUUCCCCAGGACGAGGCUGCGCAUCGUGAACGGGGUUCCUGGGAACUCGCCGUGGACGGUGAGCCUCAGAGACAGAAAAGGAAACCACUUCUGUGGAGGAUCUCUGGUGAACCCCAGAUGGGUGAUCAGCACCAAGCAGUGCUUCUCCUCCUGCUACGUUGACCUGCCCGGGUACUCCGCCAUGAUGGGAACCCUGUUCCGGGACCCGCAAGACGGAGAACCUGGCGUCCAAACCAUCCCUCUCACCAAGAUCGUGUGCGGCCCGUCCGAGUCUCAGCUCGUCAUGCUGCAGCUGGAAUACCCGGCCCAGUUUAAUGAGCGUGUCUCCCAGAUCUGCCUCCCUCCUGAGCGCUACAUUGUGGCCGAGGGGACGAUGUGUGAGAUCGCAGGAUGGGGCGAGACCAGAGGAACUGGGGACGAGACGGUCCUCAACGUGGCCCAGAUACCGGUUCUGAGCAACAAGGAAUGCAACAAGUACUUCAGAGGCCGCGUUCGCGAGAACGAGAUGUGCACAAACUCCUUCCAGGGCGGAGUAGGCGCCUGUGAGAGAGACUACGGCGGCCCUCUGGCGUGUCAGAACAGGGACUGCUGGGUACUGGAGGGAGUGAUCAUCCCCAUGAGGCGCUGUGGACACCCGGGGCAGCCCAACAUCUUCAUCCGCGUGUCCGUCUACGUGGACUGGAUCAAGAAGGUCAUGGAGAUGGCGUAGAGACGCCGCCGAUCCAAUCCACCGUCAGCCAUGUUGUUUUUUGUCUCUUUGCUAUUAAAAAAACUAUUAAUAAUACACAUUUAUGAAUUUAGUCACGUUACUUUAGCAUAAAACGGUUAAAUCAGAGCCUCAUUAAUGCAGAAAAUGUGUUGUUUUAUCUGCUUUAGAUUCAUUUUAAUGUGCUCUUACAUGCAGGGAAUCGUUCUAACUGAAUCAGAAAUCAGAGAAAACAAGCAGAAAACACAACGAGUACCAUUUAAAAACCAAGAAACCUCGCAGAAAAGAAUUAUCACAGCAACACAAACUGCUUUUAAGCUUUUCCAGAAGCUUUUGCGUUAUUAUUUGUCAACAUUUAUUAUUUUUAUUCUCGACUUCAGCCCCAAUAAACCCUCUGCUCAGUUCUAAACCCUCGUCUUAAAUGUUUAUUCAAGUUUAUCGUUAAUUCACCAACAACUAAAAAAAGAUAAGAAAAGGGAUCAAAUGAGCUGCAGUCCCUCCGGUUCACAGAGCUGGAGCUAAUUAACUUCCAAUAACAGACGAGGUGUGAGGAGGAGGAGGAGGAGGAGGAGGAGGGCUUCGCUGCAAGUUCCUGACAUCCCCUGGAAAUGCAGAACUGUACGCCUCCCCUCGCUCUCCCUGGCACUGAAUGGAGCUCCGAAAUACCUUCUUUGCCCCCAGCCUCUAAAGAAAUCCCUCCUCUGCCUGUCUUUUGAUGCCUGCCCCCACCUCUAAAGACAUGCCUUUGUGCCUUAUGCAGAACUGUAUGCGCUGCACAUUCUUUCUAGUUCUAUAGGAGGAUUUCUGUAACCCGGUCCUGAUGAGCCCACGGAAUUCAGCUUAAAUAAACCUCAAGAUCAGAGUCCAACCGAAUCUCAGACGCGCCGCAGAAGGCCGCUGAACUCGCUGGUGCACACGACUCCUCUCUCCUCCACGUCUCCACCCCCCGUUCUGUCUGCUUCCUCCUCUCUCGCUGGUUUUUGCUGUGAUUUUUUUGUUUUGUUUUAAACUAAUAAAAGUGAGGAGGUUUGCAGAACGCGCUCACCUCUAAACCGUUCAUCCUCCUGCUGCACAAAACUGUUUGGAAACUGCAGGUUGACGGUUAUGAUUUCAGUCAUUCUGUUCACUUUCAUUUAGUAAUAUUUAUAGUGGAUGACUAAUCAAAUUCGUAUAUGUGACGACCGGUUCUCAGCAAGUGAAAGCUUCUGGGAAACCUGACUAAAGAGUUUUAAUAAAUGCAAAUGUUUUUCUGUGUUAUUCGUCCACCUGAUAACCAGAGAACUGAACCUUCAGCGUCUCUUUGUGGUUUUUCUUUUUAAACUGAAUGCACUCGUCAGUUUGGGAAUUUCUGAAUUAAAUCAUUAAACCGA